AUGGCUGUUCUUCAUAUUAAUUCAGUGGAAGACUUAUCAAGAAUUCUUGACACUAAUGUCAUCAUCUUUGAUUUCUUUGCUACGUGGUGUGGUCCUUGCAAGUCAAUUGCUCCUGUCUUUGAAGACCUUGCAAACAAAAACCCCAAAGUGAAGUUUGUGAAAGUAGAUGUUGAGGCUGGUGAAGAGAUUGCACAAAAUUAUGAAAUCACAGCAAUGCCAACAUUUAUCCUUUCCAAUAAAGGCGAUGUCGUUGAUCGAAUUAAAGGCGCAGACAUUGACGGUCUCAAUGCUUUGGUAGCAAAAGCUUCAUCACUUUUAUAA